AGGGUGAAAAAUUGGAGGCCUAGGUGUGCUGAAGAAAGUUGAGUGGUUGCAACUGCGUGUGGGAAACAAAGAGGAGCAGUGAGAGGGGGCGGAGGCAGGAAAAAUGGGGAGUCCACAAGCAGCAGGACAGAGUUGGAGAGAGAGGUGUUUUUAAAGUGAGCAGAGAGGGGCAGAGUGUAUCCUUCCCUCUGUCCCCGGAGCAGGGCUGAUCAAGAGCCAGGAAAAGGGGAAGGGCCUCCGUCUCCUCCUCUCCAGCUGACAAAAACAGCUGCCCAGGAACCCAGGGAGCCUGGAGCCUGUUUAGAGGACGAGGGGACGAGGACACGGAGAGAAAGUGGAGGAGGUGGAGGAAGGACAGAAGGAAGAGAGAGUGAGAGGAGGUGAAAAACAACCCCAAGUCCAGGACCCUGUCCACCUAUAUGGGUUGCGUCCUGAGUUCGGACUGGUGCGGGGAGGAAGAGGUGCAACCGGUGCCAGUAGUCAGAAACUCAUCUCUGAAAAGGAGCCUGGAGAGGAGUGAGAGUGGCAGGAUGAGACUUACAAAGGCAGGCAAAGGAGAGCCCCACGUCUUCAAGGAGAAGACUUUCAAGAAGAAGCGGCAGUGCAGCGUGUGUCGGCAGAGCGUCGAUAACGUGGGCUCCUUCUGCAGAGUAUGCAAAACAGCCACCCACAGGAAGUGCGAGGCAAAGGUGACCUCUGCAUGCACCCCAGCUCCCUCCAAUGAUCUGCAGCGUAGAGGGACGGCUCCUUCUCGACACAUCCAACACCUGGGAUCCACCAAAUCUUUAACCUACACCAAACAGAGAAACACCCUGCCAAGGAGUUUCAGCGUGGACCGUGUGAUGGAGCGAGUGAUGGAACGAAACUACGACUUUGACCUCACCUACAUCACCGAGAGGAUCAUCUCCGUCUUCUUCCCUCCGAAGCUGGAAGAGCAGAGAUACCGGCUGAACCUGAAGGAGGUGGCUGCCAUGCUCAAGUCCAAACACCAGGAAAAGUUUCUGCUCCUGAAUCUUUCUGAAAGGCGCCACGAUAUCACCCGACUGAACCCAAAGGUCCACGACUUUGGCUGGCCCGACCUCCACGCCCCACCGCUGGAUAAGAUCUGUGCCAUAUGCAAGGCCAUGGAGAACUGGUUGAACUCUGACCCCCAGCACGUGGUGGUCUUACACUGCAAGGGUAACAAAGGUAAAACUGGCGUCAUUAUCGCAGCCUACAUGCACUACAGCAAGAUCUCUGCAGGGGCGGACCAGGCUCUCAGUACUCUUGCCAUGAGGAAGUUCUGUGAAGAUAAGGUGUCCUCGUCUCUCCAGCCGUCCCAAAACAGGUAUAUAUAUUACUUUGGAGGCCUUCUGUCUGGGGCGAUCAAGAUGAACAGCAGCCCUCUCUUCCUUCAUCAAGUACUCAUCCCGUCGCUCCCCAACUUCCAGGGGGAAGGAGGUUACUACCCUUUCUUGAAAAUCUACCAGUCCAUGCAGUUGGUCUACACUUCAGGCAUAUAUGACCUUCAAGGCACUGGAGGCAGAAGACUGUGUGUGACCAUUGAACCAGCACUGCUGCUAAAGGGUGACAUCAUGGUCAAGUGCUACCACAGGCGAGCUCAAAGUGCUGACAGAGACACCGUGUUCAGGCUGCAGUUCCACACCUGCACCAUCCACGGAUCCCAGCUGUGGUUUGGCAAAGGGGAGCUGGACGAAGCGUGUACUGAUGAGCGUUUCCCAUCUGAUGCCACAGUGGAGUUUGUCUUCUCCUCCGGACCAGAGCGGAUCAAAGGCCGUGAAUACCACAAGAAUGAUCCGGCUGUCACAGUGGACUACAACACCGCUGACCCCGUGGUUCGCUGGGAUUCCUAUGAAAAUUUUAACCAGCGAUACCAGGAUAGCCUGGAAGAUAUUGCCCACACCAGAGGUCCUCUGGAUGGUAGCCUCUACGCUCAGAUAAAGAAGCGGCGAGGUCCAGGCUCUGGUUCUCUCACCUCAGCCAACGGCAGCAUCGCAGGGGGAGUAGCUGCAGAAGACAGGCCCGAUCACCGCAUCACCCAAGGCUCUGACUCCGGCCUUUCAGCACAUUCCCUCCAUUUGAACCAGUCUUCUAUCCAUCCAGACCAUCAGGAGGAGUCCAAUCGUCCGCCGCCGCCCACCAGACAGGAAAGGGAGGAGCUCGAACGUCUUCUCGGCGGCAUCGAGGGAAGCCGAGAUGGAGAGCGAGAGACCGCCAUUUUGGAUGAUGGAGAUUCUAUUCAGUCUGAGAGAACGGGCACGCUGAGGCUCAGUCGGUCAUGUUCCUGCCGGGAUGGUUACCGGUCGCAGCGCUGUGCAGAGCCAGGAUGCGACCGCACCCUUCUCAUGCCUAAUGGCUACUGCCUCGAUCGGGCUCCAGGGACCAACGGCCAUCACGGGGCUCCUCCUUCAGCUAGCCCCAACCCCGCUGCUCCACCAUCACACAUGGAUCUGUGCCAACACUAUAGCCCCCACUCCCACCAGUCCCUCCCACCUCCAGAUCUGGUGUGGGACCGUCAGAGUGGCUCGCCACACUACCUGCACCGCUCCUGCUCAGAGGCUCCGUCAUCCCGUCAUACCUGUCCUUACCCAUCAGCAGACCUUGCCCCUCAUGCUCACAACCACCCCCAUCACCACCCUAUGUCUGCCCCAGGUCGCCUUUGCUAUCGGGAAGAUGAGUACACACCCUUUCACCACCCUCCUCCACCUCACAGCCACCACCAUCCCCACCAGCACCAGAAACCAGCCACCAGCCCUACUUACCAUGACAUCAUGCUAAUGGAUGGUCUGCCGCCCUCUGGCUGUCCCUGCAGAGACUGCAGCAUGAGGAGAGAGGACUCGGUGGCCUAUCACACCCUCAGGAUGGAGCGUGGCGACAACUUCCAUUGGGACAGAGAGGCGGAGCUUCAUCAGAGGGAGGUGGGGCUUAGGAGAACGAGGGAGGAGUUACCCAGGGGGUCAGAGCUCCACUGGGAGAGGGACCCAGGGCUGAGACGAGGCAGAGAACUGUCCCUUCACUGGGAGCGAGACAGGGAGGCGGAGCUGCAGUGGGAGAGGGACAGACAGGCUGAAUAUUGGCACAGGAGAGCCACCGUAGCCUCCUAUGGCCCACAGGGCCAAGAUCUUCUAGCCUUUACCUUUGACCCCUUGCCAUCAGGUCACCCAGCUUAUCCAGAGGCAUCGAGGUCCCACGCUCAUUCCCACCUGGACAUGAAGUACAGCAGCAGCAGCAGCGGUUACCAGACACCACGUCAGGUGUGCCCCUGCUCACCUUACCAACCCUCGCCAUCUGAGAGCAGGGGCUACGCUUCAGGCUACCAGUCCGAGUCCACAUCCCCGCUGCCUCCUGCUUCCGCUGUGAUGGGCCACUGCGGCCAUAGCAGCGGACCAGCAGAGCAUAACCACAACCACCAUCAUCACCAUCCAGACUCACAGCAGUCAUACAGCUCUGACUCACACACUGAUGGCCUCCGUAGUUCUGGUGAAAGCGUGGGCUGGAGGGAUCACAUUACCCAUGGUUCUUUUAAGAGGGUGCACAGAAACGGCCAUGCCGCGUGUUCCACACCAUCCGACAUGUCUGGAUCGCCCACUCCCGUUCACACCAGCAGCCCUCUACGCACACAGGAAAGCCCCAGUCCAGGAAGGAGAGAGUAUGAUAUUCGAACCACAGACAUCAUCAGUGACUACGAGGCUCCCCAGACUCACGAGGCCCACUGUCACACUAACGUCAUCCAGGAAUCACCAGACAGGCAAAGAAGCAGCACAGAGCGCCUGGAGCCACACACCAAAGAAGCACAGUCACACACAGCCUCACCGAAACAAACAGAAUCCACCAAUCAGUGCCCUGCACCAACAAACAUGUCGCCAGCUGCUCCUCAACAGCAGCACUGUAGCUCAGAUAUGUCCUCAGCUCGUGAUUCUGUGACACCAACCACCACAAACCAAGCAUACUGCCAGACACCUUCUUCCCCUGUCCAUACCUCUCCUAUAUCAGAUGCACACCCUCAUCCCGCUGGCCCACUGCAGACCUUUUCUCCUGCAGGAGCUGGUGGUCCACCAUCUGAAAUGUCACAGCCUCAGAGCCACACCCAAGCUACCAGCUCUGUGGGACCAUCUGUAGCACUGGUUAAUGGAUCCUAUCCGACCAGGGAGUCUCACGCAGAGGUUCCUAAACACACCAGCACCACCAACCCAACAUCUUCUCCUGCACCAUCAUCCCCACAGCCUGGGCCCAGCAGCAUGGACAGCUCCCCUGUGUCUGAUGCACCAGUUCCCGGAUUCGCCACCUUGGGUAGAAGGUUGAUGCUGAGUGGGUCCGACCCCCACAACCACCUAAACCACACGCACGGGCCCCCACAUCACAACUACCAAGCCAGCACGGAGCACAGUGCAGCUGUGGACACCAACAAGAGGCCCUGCUACUCUCCUCACACCCCACAAUCCUAUUCGAGCUACACCACAAUCUCCAUCCCUCUUCCUCACCCUCAACCCCCCUUGCCAGAGAAGCGGCAUUUGCCCGGACAUUCGGGUUCACCUAGCAAUGGGGUAAAGCCAGCUGUGGGUCACGUGCCUGCCUCCACUGCUCCUCAGCAUCAGCACCACGUCACGUUUUCUCCCACGGUGGGGGAAAUUGCACCCCCUGCUGACCAAAAUGACCAAGUAGAGGCAGAAACUGCAAACGGGGUCAGUGUGAAGUUUGUCCAGGAUAGUUCCAAGUUUUGGUAUAAGCCCAGCAUCUCUAGAGAGCAAGCAAUCGCAGCACUGAAGGAGAGGGAGCCCGGCACUUUCCUAAUCAGGGAUAGUAACUCGUUCCAGGGAGCCUAUGGGCUGGCUCUGAAGGUGGUUACACCUCCUCCCAAUGUCAGCAACCACAGCAACAAAGUGAGCGACCCUCUGGAGCAGCUGGUGAGACAUUUUCUGAUUGAAACUAGUCCUCGAGGAGUGAAGAUUAAAGGCUGUCAGAACGAGCCCUACUUUGGGAGUCUGUCUGCACUCGUUUACCAGCACUCCAUCACACCCAUCUCUUUGCCCUGUGCUCUUAAAAUCCUUGAGAAGGAUCUCAUAGGAGAGGUGCAGGAGGUUCAACCAGUCAGUAACAUCAGCACAGCUGCUGACCUGCUGAAGCAGGGAGCCGCCUGUAACGUCCUCUAUCUGAACUCUGUGGAAACAGAGUCCCUGACGGGCCCCCAGGCCAUUGCCAAGGCAACAGAUGCCACAUUGGGUCGUAGCCCGCGUCCUGCUGCCACAGUCGUCCAGUUCAAAGUGACAUCACAGGGUAUCACGCUGACCGACAACCAGCGCAGAGUUUUCUUCAGGAGACAUUACGCAGUGAAUAGUGUGACCUUCAGCAGCAUCGAUCCAAAGGACAGGAGGUGGACUAACUCAGACAACACAACUGUUAAGGUGUUUGGUUUUGUCGCUAAGAAGCCCGGCAGCACGGCAGAGAACGUCUGCCACUUAUUUGCUGAGUUGGACCCCGACCAACCUGCUUCUGCCAUCGUCAACUUCAUCAACAAGGUCAUGCUGUCUCAGCGCCGAUAGAGGGAGACAAAGAGAGGAAAACACUCUGAGAAAGAGGCAUGGGCAACAUAUACAGUCACUCUGCCAAGGCCGUUACUGUUCAUUUAUGACUAGGGAUGGGUAUUGAUAAGAUUUUCACGAUUCCGAUUCCAUUUUCG